AUGCAUCCUUACCACAUCCCGGCCCCAACACCCGCGGAAUUUCACGCUGCGGCAUUCGGUAAAGUUGUCAUUAUCACCGGCGCAGCGCAAGGCAUCGGUUUUGCCAUCGCUGAAAGAUUCGCAAUUUCAGGCGCAAAAGCAGUGAUCAUCGCCGAUCUCGACCCAAAUCUCGGUAUCGCCGCCAAGGAGCGAAUCGAACAUGGUGCUGUUUUCAUCGGGUGCGAUGUUUCCUCGUGGACUGACCAGGUCCAACUUUUUCGGGAGACGAUCAAGCGGUUUGGCCACGUGGAUCUCGUGGUGUGCAAUGCGGGAAUCAACCCGGAGCUCAUGGUCGGCGGGGAAUGUGAUUAUCUCGUUGAGCUGGAAGACGGAGACGAGGAAUAUCUACGCCCACAAACCAAGGUUUUUGACGUUAACCUCACCGGUGUGGUUUAUAGCGUGAGACUUGCGAUGCAUCACUUGAGCCGGGAUGGGGGUGGAAGGAUUGUUGUGAUAGAUUCGGCUGCUUCUUAUAUUCCUGUGCCUGAUCAAGCACUUUAUUCUGCAUCGAAACAUGGUAUUUUGGGUCUGGUACGGUCCACUUCGAAGAGAAGAGAAUGUUCUAAGCAUAGAAUCUCUAUAUCGAUGGUGGCGCCUUGGUUGACAGAGACACGGGUGACUAGUGGAAUCUUUCAGGAGGCGAUUUCAAAGGCCAUCCCAGUCAGUUCUCCGCGUGAUGUCGCUUCCGCCGUCUCGACUGUCGUUACUCAGCCAUUAGAGAAGAUAAAUGGGAAGAGUCUCUGGGUCCAAGGCCAGCUUAGCACCAAGUCUAUCCCUGAAUGGGCACUGCGAACGGGUUCUUAUAGAGAAAUCCUUGCACUGUGUGGCUCUCGUCAGGCCUGGAGUCGUACUUCAAAACUCAUUGCCGAUGAAGAAGCUGUCUGGGAAAGCUUGGCGACCCUGUUCUAUCGAGCUUGCCGUGCGAGAACGUAUGCAGGAGUCGGCUCCUAA